UCACCAAUGGUAAUGGCAAUGGCAAUGGCAAUGGAGGUUCCUGUGAGCUUAAAAUCAUCAAGCCCCAUUUUUCACAUAGUAGCUGUGCCUCAUCCAGGCCAAAGUCACAUCAACGCCAUGUUCAACCUCUGCAAUAUCUUAGCUUUCAAGAAACCUCACAAUAAUAAUCUUCUCAUCACUUUUGUUCUUACCGAAGAUCGGCUAUCUCAGUUUAACAAUUUUAGCUCUAACACAAUCCGUUUCGAAUCAAUCCCUAACGUUCUUCCGUCUGAAUCAGCUCGAUCCUCGAAUUUUGAAGUGUUCUUUGAUGCAGUUCAGACAAAAAUGGAGGCUCCUUUUGAGCAACUUCUGGAUCAGCUUCAGCCACCGGCGACUCUUAUUGUGGCGGAUUUUGUAUUAAAAUGGAUGCCUGAUUUAGGAUCUCGAAGGAGUAUUCCGGUGGCAUCCUUCUUUUCUAUGUCUGCUAUGUUCUUUUCGGUUCUUCUGUUCCAAAAUGAACACCACCCUCUGCAUGCAUACGAUGAAAUUGUGAACAACAUCCCUGGAGUUUCUUCAUUUCGUCGCAAGGAUCUUCCAAGUUUAACAGCCCGAUACGCCAGUGUUUUCAACGAAACAAUGGACGCAAUCUCAUCCAUUAGUCGAGCGAAAUGCCUGAUACUUGGCACUAUCUACGAAUUCGAUCCUCAAGUUAUUGACAUUUUAAGAAGAAGAUUUUCAUUUCCCGUCUAUACAAUUGGCCCUGUAAUACCCUACAUGAACCUCCAAGAUCAUCAUACCGCAACUUCAAGUGUAAUCUACGAUGAUGGAACCGACUACUUCACAUGGCUGGAUCGCCAACCUAAUGAUUCCGUCUUGUACAUUUCUUUCGGCAGCUUUCUUUCAGUUUCCAGUGUUCAAAUGCAGGAGUUUGCAGCUGCUUUAGCUCAAAGUGGUGUGAAAUUCUUAUGGGUUGCUCGCCAAGAAGUUUCAGUGUUAAAAGAAAAAUUUCAUGAUAAUGAUAAAGAUAACGGGUUGAUAGUGUCGUGGUGUGAUCAAUUAAAAGUGCUUUGCCAUCCUUCGGUUGGCGGAUUUUGGUCCCAUUGCGGUUGGAAUUCUGUGCAAGAAGGAGCUUUUGCUGGUCUUCCGUUUCUUACUUUCCCCAUUGCAUUCGAUCAACAAUGUAAUAGUAAGCUGAUUGUGGAAGAUUGGAGAACUGGUUUGAAUUUGAAAAAAUAUGUUGGAUCGGAUAAUUUGGUAGGAAAGGAGGAAGUUGCUAAGAUUGUGAAGGAGUUCAUGGAUUUGGAAAGAGAUGAAGGGAAAGAAAUGAGAAAAAAAGCUAAAGAGCUUCAACAAAUAUGUCAAAGUGCAAUUGCAAAAGGUGGAUCUUCAGAAAUUAAUAUCGACGCCUUUUUUGAUGACAUAUCAUGCCAAGUUCUCUAA